CGAUACUCAACUCCAAUCAACAACGAUGGCGGACGGCAAGAAGGAUGAUGACGGCAAGAAAGGCGGCGGAGAACGAAGCGUGAUCAAGGGGGAUGGUGGUAAGUGCGAGCAGGCAGUCCAAGGAAGGGAGCAGCAACAACAGGAGGACGCUAACACGAACACGGAGAUGAUCUCGCGUCUUGAACCGAUGGAGGCAAUCGCUCUGAAUAUUGGGACUGUGGUCGGCAGCGAAGGACACAGGAAAUGGCACGUUCUCAGCAGGUUAGGAUCUGGCGCGUUUGGUGCUGUCUAUCUGGUGGAGGAGGAGGGUGCCAAGAAGGAGGAAAAGUAUGCCUUGAAGGCAGAGCGCCUCUCAGCUCAAGUGCAGAUGUUGGCCGUCGAAGUGCAAGUAUACCAGGCGCUGAUGGCAAAGGCAGUUGAAGGAAAACGCCGGUACCCGUUGCUGAUUGACAAGGGAGCCUGGAACAAUCAGUGCAACUACUUGGUCAUGUCAUUGGUCGGCCCAUCACUUGAGGAUCUUCGACGUAAGCGUCCCAACAACAGGUUUUCCAUGGGCACGGCUCUGAUUGCGGCAAAGAAGACUUUGGCGGCGAUUGUACAGAUGCACCUCGUCGGAUUUCUUCACAGAGAUAUCAAGCCAGCAAACUUCUCGAUUGGACACACGGACAAGAAUGUCAUCUACAUCCUCGACUUUGGCAUGGCACGAUGUUUUGUACGGCCAGACGGCGUACUUAAGCGUCCACGCGCAGGCAACAUCGGUUUCCGAGGGACAGCCAAAUAUGCUUCAAGAAUUGGUCACAAACAUAAGGAGCUCUGCCGAGGGGACGACGUCGAAAGUUGGUUCUACAUGGCAUGUGAGCUUGUGAAAGGGAAGUUGCCUUGGCAGCGUGUCGAUGAAGAAGCUAAAAUACGUGACAUGAAGAUCGAAGCCUUAAGACCUGGGAAGGUGGACGUCAAAGGAAAGGGGCCGACUUCUGAGACAGCAGCGGGGACGAAGGCCAAAUCGGAGGCGAAACCCAAGGUGGAAUCAAAGCCCAAGAUCGAGACUAAGACCAAGACUGAGGCAAAGCCCAAAUCGGAAGCAAAGCCUAAGACGGAGACUAAGACCAAAACAGAGGCCAACCCCAAAUCGGAGCCGAAGACUAAAGUGGAGCCGAAGGCGAAAGCAGAGGAGGGAAAGGAAGGAAGUGCAAAGAAAGCUGAGAGGGAGCCGAAGGAUCCACGUCGCCUGCUGCUUGGUGGAUGUCCUAAACAGUUCGCCAACAUUCUUGAACUCGUCGCGCCACUCCGCUAUUAUGAUGACCCGCCGUACGAUGAUAUUGCCGAACUCAUAGCUGCAGCAAUAAAGAAGAUGAAAGUGCAGACAUAUCCACUAGAUUGGCAAGAAGGAGGGAACAAAGCCUAG